UGCGGCAAUAAACGGAGCUGUACAGAGGAGCAGACAUACAACAUCCGGGCAACAGUAAGCUUGCGCAGAAACGGAAUGGCGGAGGUAAAGUAUUUCAACAUUAGCACACACCCUGUGGCCUAGUGGAGAGUGGGAAAAGUACAGCAAUGAAGGCCAGAAGAAACACCAGCUGGGAGAAGUCUUAAAGGAGUUGAAGCAGAAGCUUUCUCUCUCCAUGAAAAUGGCAGCACAGUCCCAAACAGUCAGUGAGCUUCCCUUGGAGGAGCUACUGGCUUUGUAUGGAUAUCCAGUAUCCAGUCCACAGAAGGAAACAUAUCCUAUAACCACCACCCUGCCAGAAAAGACCCUUGAUAAGGAUCAGAAAACUAAGGACCUGUUUCACGUUGGGGAAGAAAAACGAGCUUCCGCCUAUGAUCUCACCUCCUCAAACACUUCAGAUCUGCUGCCCUGCUUACAGAAUGGAGACAAAGCUACACCUGUCAGCUCAUCAGAUGAGGACACUGACGAUUCUUCUAUUCCCUCCAACGAAGAGCACAAGGAGAUCAUGGUCGGAUCUAUGUAUCAAGCAAAAAUCCCACCAGUAAAUCCACAUGUAUCUGAGGAGAGAGCUUACACCAACGCCGACCAGUUGCUGUGGAGGCCCGGUGCUCUGCCGGUGGAGGAUGUGGAAGAAUUUUUGCUGAAUGCACAGAGACUUCAUGGCCAGGAGGGGGCAGUGUGGACCCAAGGGGCCACUGUCCAAGACAAUGAACAGGCACUAUAUGAACUAGUGAAAUGCAACUUUAAUGCAGAAGAAGCCCUGAGACGAUUACGUUUCAAUGUAAAAGUAUUCAGUGAGGAGCUGUGUUCUUGGAGCGAGGAGGAGAGUAGGAACUUUGAGAAUGGCUAUCGUGUUUACGGAAAAAACUUCCAUCUCAUUCAGGCUAAUAAGGUACGAACUCGCUCCAUUGGCGAGUGUGUGGAGUAUUAUUACAUGUGGAAGAAGUCUGAGCGACACAUGUUCUUCACCCAGCAGGCCACAAGGAUGAGCCGAAGGAAGUACAGCAUGCAGUCAGGGAACAUUGAGGAUGGAGACCAGGACGGGGAGGGUGGAGAUCUCGAGGGAAGCAACAAUACUUUGGGGUCGCUGCCACAGAUCUCCAUGGGCUCCGGACAGAUGGAGCCCUCAUUUCCUGCAAACACAAGUCUGGAUCUAAACAAACAAGACGGUGAGCUGGUGAUGAGUCUGUCCGAGCUGUGCGCUGACGAAUAUCCUCAGCAGCUAUUCGACUAUCCGUUCUCUUUCCCAUCCAUGGAUGAACUUCCAGACCCUGACUCGGAUCGUCCCUCAGCUCCGGUCCAGCUCCAGUCUCAACCCUCUGAUCAGUGCUCGGAGUGGGCCCAUGGAAACCCGCCGUUUCACCGUGACGAUAACCACAGCUUUCUGAACUCCUGCUUCUACCAGCUGCACAUGCACGGCAGACCGUUGGUUUCUGACGGCCCUGGCUGUGGUGUGGCAGGUGGUGGGGAUCACGCCUCCCACAGGCUGCAGGUGGAAUUCAGCCUUCCUUCCACCUCGGCUUCUUCGCCCAAUGUUCUCUCAUCAAACUUCCAGGCAAUUGGAAGCCUGCUGCACCCGUAGCCCUUUUAGCAUUCUCGCUCUCAGACUGUAGGGUACAUGGAAAAAAUAUAAUCUGAGUGCUACUGGUUGUUAUCAGCUCUGCAGGGAGAUAUUUAAUGGGUCAUACAGUGUUUUUCAUCAGAAAAAGAUGGACCUAUUGCUAUGGAAGGAGACCUUACCAUCAACAUCUGUCCAUUGUUGAAUGCUGGGUGUCCUAAUUCACCACAUCCAGGCAUCAAUCGUGUGUAUAUCUGUUAAUUACAAACUUAUAAAAGCACAGUGUAUGGAAUGAAGGCUGCAGACCAGUUUUUCUUGAUCACAUCGAUUAUCUCACGACCAUAACUUACUGUUUUUUUAUUACUAUUAGGAAGGUAAGUUUGGACAGGUACAUAACAAAAGAGCCAGCAACUUAUCAUCUUUUGUUCUAUCACUUUUAUUGCUGUUAUUUCUGAUGUUUUUGCAUCACACACAUUAGAUGCUCAGUUUUGGCAACUUUUUAACAUGGAAAUUAGGUUCCCCUACUGCCUCCUUGCUCCAUUCUUCUGCUUUGAUUCUUGGAAGAAAUCGUUCAUAUUUACAUUGAAACCUGAACUGAAAAUAAUGUUUAUAUAAAGUUUAGUUUUAAGCAUGAAGCCAUAUAGGAGCACAAGGAAAGCAACAAUUCAUUAAAGCUUCUAUUUAUUCAUUUUAAUAAGCUAAUUAUUUUUUACUUAAAAUGCCUCAAUCAAUCAGCCAGAAAACAGAGCCAAUUUGAUCUUGAUUGGCAGGUAAAAAACAAAAACUGUUCUACAAAUGCAUCACAACUAGGAGAUCCUACUACUUUCUGUCUGUAAAUGCAUCAGUUAACAACAUGUACUUGUGAUGUAAUUUUUUAAUUUUCUGUAGAAUUCAAAAUUACUACGUCUGUCAAAGAUUCUGCAACUUGUUUCUUUCCCUUUAGGCCAGAUGUCAGGAAAAAAAACCCAGAAAUGAGUAUCUGCCAGGAAAAGUCAAAUUGGUGCACCUGUUUUUUGUUUUUUUUUGCUCCAAGGAGCAUUAUAAAAUGAAAUAUACACACAUUUAUGUGUGACUUUCCUGGCUGCACGUACAGUUUGUCAGCGGCUGCAAGAUCGCUGUGUGUACUUUAGCUUGGCUUCAUGUUUACAUCAGUGAGAGAAGCACCGUUACAUCUUGUUGGUCUAAGGGUAUCAACAAAUGUUGUGGUCUGAAGUUAAAGUUGUCUUCUUCUCAGUUUCCAUGUUCUAGGCUAAACUACUUUUUUUCUACCCUGGCUUUAUUCAUUUAACUGAGUACUGAUUUUUUUUUUCUUCCUAAAAGUGAAAAGAACUGAGUUAUGCACAUUUGCUGAGUGAUGUCACUCAGCAAAUGACAGCUAGAGUGAUGUGUCCCACAUUAAAACGUCUAUCAGGUGUGAAAGUACCCUGUUUUAAUUAGAUAACUUGCUAAUGCAUUUCUUGUUUUAAAUCCAUUGCAGUUGCUUUGCUUUUUGAUUUAAAAGAAAAAAAGCCUGAAUGAAACAAACUUCUUUAAAAUAAACACCAAGCAGCAGCACUCAGGAAAUGUCUGACUGGGACAAGCAAUGUCUGUCUGAACACUUUAUUUGCUUAUUUAUGUAAUAAUGGUAAUAAGAGUUAAUGCCCUUUUUGUCAUAUUAGUCAUAUUGUUUUUAUUUACGUGUUGCUGCAUUUUAGCGGCUCUAAAAGGGCAAGAAGUUCAAUGGAUGACAUGAAUUGGACUCACUUUCAUGCUUCCAUCUGUGUUUGCUCAUUUCUUGUUUCCUGCUAUAGUCGGUUAUGCGAUCCCUGUUCAAAUCAAGUAAAUCUCUUUGUUUUGUCUUUUUUAACACAGAUGGUUCGAGGCAAGAUAGUUGAGGCAGAAAUAAUGAGCUGAAAUCUGUCUUUUGGUUUUUCCUUUUUUUUCCCUUCUAAAUAUAUAUAUAUAUUUUCAAAUUCUUAUAAAUUUCUUUCAUCAUAUUUCGUCUCUAAAUAUAUUUUGUAAAUAAAAAUAUGAAAUUAAAAUCAA